AUGCCUCAAUCUUGCGGAACGUUGAACCCGUUCGAGAAAAUCUUUCCCGCAGACCCUCACAAGUUCUGCGACUGCAAAGACGAUGCCGAACGCGAGCGCCACAACGAGCUCCGUAACAACCUGUUCAGCCUUCUUGAUGAGAAAAAACGAAAUGAAGCUAGAGCGAAGGAAAAUCGGCGCGAGCUCCGCGCCUUCAAUGCAGCACCCAAAGGCCGUCCCGACUUUCUGCAACACGCUGAACGACGCCGAAAAUUAGAGGCCGAAGCCAACGACAUAGAAAAAGAACGCCUUAAGAUAGGGAGACUACAUCGUAUUACGAAAGAUGACCUAUGGCAGAAGUACAAUGAUCGACAUUUAUAUAAAGAUUGGGGUAUCCAGGUGUAUCGGCCAAACCGAUCGAGGACGGUGGUUCAGGAUGAGGGUUAG